AGAGAAUAUUACAGUUUACAACCAAGGAGACAUGGCUCGAGAUUUUACGUACAUUGACGACAUAGUUUCAGGAAUAUAUGCCUCCUUAAGGUACCUUCCAAGUUCCUCAGAAAUUAUCAACUUGGGGAAAAGUAAGCCAGAGCAGGUUCUGGAUCUGGUAAAAACCAUUGAGAAGGAGGUUGGUCAGACGGCACGGCUAAGCUUUGAGGAUUCUGCAGUUGAUUUACACACGACCUAUGCUUCAACGAGCAAGGCGAAAGAGCUCCUCUCUUAUGCUCCUCAAGUAAGCAUGGAUGAAGGGAUCAAAAGAUUUGUCGAAUGGUACUUUCUGUAUACAGGUGAACGUGCAUUGUGCGCUAGCGAGUGCUCUGAGAAGAGCCAUUGCAUAACAUCG